GAUAUACACAUGGGUGAAAAAACUAAAAAAUGAUCGAAGAAUGAGAGCUUUUAGAGAAUUUUAAAUUUCUAUAAAUUUCUAUAGUUAUAUUUUAUUAUUUUGAUUAUUUAAUUAUUAUAGUGUAAUUUCUCCCAUUACUAGUUGGUGUGGUGUGUAGUUUUGCUCCUCAAAUUUUACAAGGAGAUAUUAGUGACAUUGGGCCAAUUUUCCAUCGGCACUACUCUCUUUCCCUCCUCUUCUCUUCAAUCUUUUUCCCCAAUCUCGAUUUGCCUCUGCCUCUGGUUUGUCCGACCGAUUCCUCGCCGGAAAUCUUCAUCCGAUGGCUUCCAAAAGCAGAAUCCUCGUCGUCGGAAGCACCGGCUACAUCGGUAAGUUCAUCGUCGAGGCCAGCGCCAAGGCCGGUCAUCCGACCUUCGCUCUCGUCCGAGAUUCCGCUCUCUCUGAUCCAGCCAAAUCUCAAAUCAUCCAGAGCUUCAAGAACAUCGGAGUCAUUAUCGUCUCUGGCGAUCUGUUCGAUCAUGAGAGUUUGGUGAAGGCGAUAAAGGAAGUGGAUGUGGUGAUUUCGACGGUCGGUCUUAAUCAAUUAAGCGAUCAAGAUAAGCUCAUUUCCGCCAUUAAAGAAGCUGGCAAUGUUAAGAGAUUUUUCUCUUCGGAGUUCGGGUUCGAUGUAGAGAAUGUGCAUGGAAUUGGACCAGUCAAAUCAAUUUUCGAGGCAAAGGUUAAAAUUCGUCGAGCCGUGGAGGCUGAAGGAAUCCCUUACACUUAUGUCUUGUCUUAUUACUUCAAUGGUUUUUGUCUUCCCAGAUUGGCUCAGCAUGGGGCCACUGCUCCACCUAGAGACAAGGUUGUCAUUCAAGGGGAUGGAAAUCCCAAGGUAAUUUUCAACAAGGAAGAAGACAUUGCCACCUACACCAUUAAAGCAGUGGAUGAUCCAACAACUUUGAACAAAAUUCUCUACAUUAAGCCCCCUCAAAAUGUCCUCUCAAUCAAUGAACUUGUGGCCCUUUGGGAAAACAAAAUUGCUAAAACUCUUCACAAAACCUACAUUUCAGAAGACCAAUUAUUGAAGAAUAUUCAAGAGGCAACAUAUCCAUUGAAUUUGAUGCUAGCUUUUGAUUACUCAAUAUUUGUGAAGGGAGAUCAUAAGGCCAACCAAGAAAUUGAAGCAUCUGUUGGAUUGGAAGCUACAAAAUUGUAUCCAGAAGUUAAAUACACCACUGUUGAUCAAUAUCUCAAUCAAUUUGUUUAACUCAUAUCUCUCUAUCUUUACCAUUUUCAAAGUUGGAUAUAAAUACUCUUUCUUGUAGACUUUUUUUUUUUUAAUCGAAUCAUCAACUUUUGAAAUGAUAUGAUGUCUUUGUCGACUAGGAGUCUAAGUGUGAAGCUAAUUUGUUUAAGACAUUGUAACUAUUCCCGAACCUCAGGACCGGAUGUGGCUUGAAGCUUGUAUCUCUUUCAUCAAUGAUAUUAUAACUAUUGUAACA